UUCUAGACAGUGCUCAUCUUCCUGUGCUAGAAAGAUUCAGUCAAGAAGGAGUGAUUCAGAAAGGAAGGAGAUCUGUUGUUCUGCUAGUACUUUUCAGAUACUCCUCCUGUCCUUCCCAUUGUUGUGUAGAGAGAGAAACAGCACAUCUCCUGAACAAGUGGAGAAGAGAGAGUGUGUGUGCCUGUGAAUGCAGGAAGGGAGUGCAUAGCAACGCAACUCCACAAUGAAGAAGGGUCAGGAGCACCAUUCUCAGAAGCCAGUCAUUCCAGACCUGUUGAUGACCCCAAGUGAUCAAGGGGAUGACUUAGAGAAUGAAUACCCUGAAGACAGAGGGAACUGGACAGGCAAACUGGAUUUUCUCUUGUCUUGUAUUGGCUACUGUGUUGGAUUGGGGAAUGUCUGGAGGUUUCCAUACCGUGCUUAUACAAAUGGGGGAGGGGCAUUCCUUGUUCCGUAUUUUAUCAUGUUGGCAAUAUGUGGGAUUCCCAUCUUCUUCAUGGAGCUGUCAUUGGGCCAGUUCUCAAGCCUGGGACCUCUUGCUGUUUGGAGGAUAAGCCCACUAUUUAAAGGUGUUGGCAUGGCCACAAUCCUGAUUGUCUCCUUAGUGGCCAUUUACUAUAACAUGAUCAUUGCUUAUGUUCUCUUCUACCUCUUUGCCUCACUGACAAAUAAUUUGCCCUGGCAAUACUGUGGCAACUGGUGGAACACAGACCUGUGCCUGGACCACCAUGUCAUGCACACAGGGAAUGGUGCUGUGCCUCUCAAUAUCUCUAACACUGUUAGCCCAAGUGAGGAGUACUGGAGUCGCUAUGUCCUGCACAUCCAAGAGAGCUCAGGGAUUGGGGAUCCUGGGGCAAUUCGCUGGAAUCUGUGCCUAUGUCUCCUUCUCGCCUGGGUUAUUGUGUACCUCUGUAUUCUAAAGGGAGUAAAAUCUUCUGGCAAGGUUGUGUAUUUCACUGCCACAUUUCCUUACCUCAUCCUGAUCAUGCUCCUGAUUCGUGGUGUGACACUGGAAGGAGCCUGGUUAGGAAUCAAAUUCUAUCUUACACCCCAGUUUGACUUGCUUCUGUCUCCCAAGGUGUGGAUUGAAGCAGCUCUGCAGAUCUUCUAUUCUCUUGGGGUGGGAUUUGGGGGACUUCUCACCUUUGCAUCAUAUAACACCUUCCACCAGAAUAUUUACAGGGAUACGUUUAUAGUCACUGUGGGCAAUGCAAUCACCAGUAUCUUAGCUGGCUUUGCCAUCUUCUCUGUUUUGGGCUACAUGUCCCAAGAACUUGAUGUCCCUGUUCAAGAAGUGGCCAAAGCUGGUCCAGGUUUGGCUUUUGUGGUCUACCCGCAAGCCAUGACAAUGCUUCCUCUUUCUCCUUUCUGGUCUUUCCUUUUUUUCUUCAUGCUGUUAACUCUUGGUUUGGACAGUCAGUUUGCCUUUCUGGAGACCAUAGUCACUGCUGUGACAGAUGAGUUCCCCUAUUACCUGCGUCCAAAGAAGGCUUUUUUCUCAGGUGUUGUUUGUGUGGCAAUGUUCCUGAUGGGACUCAUUCUCACAACAGAGGGUGGAAUGUAUUGGCUGGUGCUGCUGGAUGACUACAGUGCUGGGUUUGGACUCAUGGUGGUGGUCAUUACCACUUGCCUGGUGGUAACCCGUGUGUAUGGCAUGAAAAGGUUUUGCCGUGAUAUUCACAUGAUGCUGGGUUUCAAACCAGGGAUAUACUUUAAAGCCUGUUGGUUGUUCCUGUCCCCAGUAACAAUGACGGCACUACUGGUGUAUAGCAUAAUCAAGUACCAACCUUCAACGUAUAAUGGAACUUACCGUUUUCCCUUUUGGGCUGAGGCCCUGGGCAUCUUGAUGGGAAUCUUCUCCUGCCUGAUGAUACCCAUAGGGAUGGUUUUUGCAGUGCUCAAAGAGGAAGGGACACUCUGGCAAAGAAUCCAGCAAGCUAGCAGACCAACCAUGGACUGGGGGCCUUCCCUGGAGGAGAACAGGACUGGCAUGUAUGUGGCAACUCUGGCAGGCAGCCAGUCGCCUAAACCUCUGAUGGUCCAUAUGCGAAAAUACGGAGGUAUAACCAGCUAUGAGAACAUAGCAUUUCAGGUAGAUAAAGAAAUUGAAGAAGAAGAAGAGGAGGAGUCUAUGAUGUGAAGAGACAGCUUCUCUUGCUCACCCAUAGGCUAGAUGUUGAAGAAAAAUGCAAAGAAUAAACCCCUGAAUGUUUUUGCACAAGAUGCACCUUGGUUGGCACAGUUGAGGUCAUUUGGCAGCCAGAAGCUGCUGACUGUUAAGCAUCUCACAGCAGUAAGUUCUGCUGAGAAUCCCAGUGCUGUUGAGGUUUCUGUUUCAUGUGGAGAGAUGUGCAAUGAACCUGUGUGUCUUAGUGCUCUAGUUGUGUCUGGUACAGGCCAGCGACUCCUAUUGUCUCUUCCUGUCCUCACAGUUAUGGGUUCAGUGGUGUGUUGGUCAACUUUGAAGUCCAGGUGCUCAGCAUUACAACCUCCAUCACUGUAUCCCCGGAAUUCAAAUAUUGGUCUUGCCAUUUUGACAGUUUUAUCCCAC